AUGGAAAGGAAAUCCAUUUUCUUUCCAUUUUCUUCGACUGUCGCCGCCAAUGGACAAUCGCACAUUAAGAGUUACCUUAAGAGAGUUAACGAAAACUUCUUUGUUCCAGAUGUCAGCAACAUGGCCUUGGGCCUCGGUAUUAUCAUCUUCACAUUUCUUAAGUUCACGGAUUGUGACGUCGUCACUGAUGCACCAAAAACAAAGGAUGUCUACAUAUACCAAAGAGAUGGUCCCAAAGACGUCCAGGAACCCGAACUUCUACCUGUUCUUCACGGAAACGAUACUCGAUGCCGUAUAUCGGAAUAUUUAUGCUCGAAUAAGAAAUGCAUACCGAUAAAUAGAUUCUGUGAUGGUUCGAACGAUUGUGGUGAUUCGUCUGAUGAACCGAGGCAUUGUACACGUAAGUACCAUUUAAUAUUAUAA